AUGGUACUCACACCACCUACCUCCACACCACACCCUACUGUGGUUCCCGCACCACCUACCUUCACAGCACACCCUACUGUGGUUCCCGCACCAGCUACCUUCACACCAAACCCUACUGUGGCUCCUGCACCACCUACCUCCACACCACAACCUUCCCAUCAAGGACCCUCCCCUGUUGUGGUUCACACUUCUUCUAGACCUUCCUCAUCCUCUAAUCCCUCUCCUGAUGUUGCUCCUACAGCAGAUGCUCCUGAUUCAGCUGCUGAUGAUGUUGACCCUCCUCUCCAUGAGCGACCGAUGAUUGAGCCUUUUAAUCGGGGGUUUGUUCCUUCUAGAGUUGCUUCUCAGGCAAUCACAAGAUCUAUUAAGCAACAGUUCCUUUCGCCUUGGCCAUCAUGGGGAGCCAUACCUCCAGAAGAGAAAGAACCUUUUUGGCAACGAUUUAAGAGAUCGGUUCAGUGGAGACCUGAGCACGAAGGUCAAAUUAAAAAAAAUUUCCACUCUAAAGCAUCUCAUAGGCUAUCUGAGAUGUUUAGAGAUGCCCGGAUUGCAGGAGAGCGCCCUUAUUGGAUUGGGGACCAUAUCUGGAAUCGAUUGCUAGAACAUUGGAAUUCUCCUUCUUAUCGCAACAAGCAAAUUACAGCCCAGAGGAAUAGAGCUUCAGAAAAGGGUGGCACCCUACACACAGGUGGUUCCAUUACCACUCAUGAGCAUGCCCUUCGUAUGGAAAAAGAGUUGGGGCGAGAGGCAUAUAUUGAUGAGGUAUUUUACCAAACUCAUCUUCGCAAGGGAUCUGGCCAGUUUGUUGAUGAAAGGUCUCGAAGAACACAUGAAGAAUUUUCAACUAGACUCUCACAGGUUAGAUCUGAGCAAGGGUCCUGUGCUGAGGCGUCAGAGCAUAAUGAUGAGGAAGACGUCAUUAGGACACAGUGUUGGGUUGAUGUUGUCGGCGGAAAAAAUAAAGGAAGACUUUAUGGCACUGGAGAACUUGGCAAAGGUUACACUGCUGGAAGAGGUAUCCACAAACAACAAGCAUCUUCUUCCAGCAAUGCUGAGGAGGCCGUGAACCGACUCACGCAACGACUAGAAGAACGUGAUCAAGCUUAUGAAAAUUUGACAAGGCAGUUUCAAAACUUCCAAAAUCUAGUCAUGGCCUUUCUACCUCCUGAUGCCCAGACCCGUCUUCAACAACAGCAGUCCAACCCAACACCGCCCCAGCAACAACCCACUCCAGUCCAACCCACACCAGUCCAACCCACACCAGUCCAGCCCACUCCAGUCCAGCCACAGAUUGAGCAACAAGAAGACCCUACAGAAGAAAAUCAUUCAGAUGAUUAUGUAGAUUAUUAG